UGAUAAGACUAUAGAGAGCAUCAGUUUGAUAAUGUUCAAUGGUAAGUUGAUUAAUUGCGUGAAAAACCAGACCCACAUUGAGAUCCACAACAUGGGCAGAGCAAAAAUCAGUUGUCUCCAAGUCCGAGGCAAAAUGGCCAAAACCACAGCUUUAGCUAUCCUCAAUAGAAAACAAGGGUACCAUCCGAUGAUAUCCGCGAGGACGGAAAAAGAAUCAUCCUCUACUUCACUCUGAUCCAAGACAGGACUCUGACUCCGGGAAUCUCGGCAAUCCGAUCGUAUUACGAAAGGUUCCUGGAUAACAGUCCCCACGGACGCUGCACGUCUUAUCCUUCUUCUCCUUAAAGUGUUAUCCGGUGACGUUGAAAUCGGGGAUAGGGAAUUAGGCGAGCUGGGACUCUGGAUUCCUGAACUACUGCUGAUGCUGCCGGCAUGGAUGCUUUCAUUGCUUGGCCACACUCGUGAUAAACUUUCCGAAGUACAAGUGGGCAUCUUGCACAGACACUUAAUUCAAUUUCAAACACUUAAGAUGUGUGCCACUGUCAAGUCAUUAAUUUAAUAAACGAGCAGUGACGAGACACAGGUCUCUUAUAAGCUACAUGUUGUACUAUGCCCCUUGGUUCCGAGUACCCCUUCCAUUCGGCGAACGAAGAAUCACGUUCGGGCUAUUGAGAAAACUAGUAUUUCAAAUUUACCGCCACACAUGAGUAUAAGCAACAAUACAUGAUGACAGCCGAGACACAAAAACGCGAUUUUAUCAAUAUCUGAAGGUGAUUUGAGCAUUUUUUAUACUCAGACUUACCUGAAAUCGGUGGAAAGUUAUUCCCUUACAGGUUACUUCGAUACAAACAAACUUUACGUUGGUAGCGCUGAUUGUGCAACGUGGGAAUUUCAAAAUGAGUGUUGGGCAUUUAAAAACAAUUAAGUUAAUUUGUGCGCGAAUUUUUCAAAACCAGAGGGACAUUGAUAGUGUAAAAGAAUUGCGAAUUGUCUUAAACAGCGCUAGUCCUACAAUUGUAAAAACUUUGGAACCUAUUAUAUUUCCUGUGUUUUUUCCUAUACUUAAAAGUAUUUCAGAGUCUAGCGCCAAUUAUAAAGAGAAAGAAAAGCAAGAAAUUGUGGACACUUUUAGGGCUAUUUUUGACAAAAUUUGGAUCGAAAAAGUGCCCCUGUUUUUCAACAUUUACGGAUUCCUUUUAUUUGAAAUUUACGAUAGCAAGCAUCAUAGAGUUUUAAACAUAAGUGAAGAAUACAAAUUAAGUAUAGUGCAAUGUAUGACAUCUUUAUCCAAAAAUUUAAGUUCAUCAGUAAUUGAAGAAUUGUACGUGAAGCAAAAUGCUCCAAAACUGUGUCAAAUGAUUUACGUUAUGUUAGAAAUCGCCAAAAUUGAGCAAUUUAAAGCUUUGAGGAUUGCAGCUAUAAAUUGCAUAAUGGUAAUCGCACGUGUUUUGGACGAUAACGAUUUCGACGACAUAGUCAUGAGGAACCAAAUCGCAGAUGUUUUUCUUUUUUUUCUGCCAGGAGUUGCAACUCAGCUUAAAUCAGUUGCGCUAAUUGAUGAGAAAUUUGGCCACAAAAUCCCUACUGUUGCACUGAAAGCUUGGGGAAGGAUCGUGACUUUGUUAAUGCAAGACUACAAUGCGCAUGACCGGAAAAUUGAUCUCGGGGGAAUUACAGACACCAACACGGUUCAGAGUAAAAAAUGGGAAAAUGAAGCGGAGUUAGAGGAGUAUCUUAAAACUACAGAACGGUCUCCUCAGUGGUAUAAAAACACUGAUAAGAAAUUACAAAUGAUAAUUGUCGAAUUCGCGAAACUAACUCAUCAUUCUCAUCUUAGUGUCAGAUUAGAACUUGCAGAAAUGGCAGCCCUGCUUUUGGAAAACUGUGUCCACACUAUGCCGACAUCAAUCACUCAUUUAAUCGAUAUUAUUAUUAUUUUGUCGGAAGAUAGUGAUGAUGCAAUUGCACAGAGAAGUAAACAAAUUUUAGAAGACCUCUCAAUCAAACUUACAAGAAGCGAAUUUAAAUCACUACUUGAUAAUUUGGAAGAAAGCUUUUACAGUGUUGUUGCCAGUAUUCCACGAAAAUUUAACGGGAUAGAUGAAAGGGUACAAAUUGUCGCUUUGAAUUCCCUAAUUGGUUACAUAACUCUUUUUGGUAAACACAGUUUGACCCGAGUACUUUACUCUUCCGUUCACUUAAACCGACUUUUGACAACUCUCAUCCACAUUUCGGAAUUUGACAAAAGUGGUAUAAGUGUUUUAGAAGAGUAUACAACUCCAGACUAUGAGUUAAGUCAAGACUUAAAAACGUCUUGGAAAAAAUUCCGACACUUUAAAGAAACCGAAAUCUUAGACAAAAUUGGAACUGUUUGUCGACUUUUGGCCAAAUACGGUGCCUCCUUUAUUGUAACCGAUUUUCUACUAGAUGUUAUAGGAGCCAAUGAAGAACAAAGAAAAGAAGCAAUUUUUUUACUAAAUGAAGUGGUAACAGAUAUAGGAAUUCAAAAUAAUUUAACUUUGUUUAAAAAUGUAAUCAGUACAUACACUGAUGGUGAUAAUUGGUACUUACCUUUGUCGGUAAUGGUAGAUGAGUAUGGAUACGAACAUACUUUAAGUGAUGUACAAAAUAAUAUAAUCCAAGUUUGUCUUUUGGUCGAAGGGAUUGGGAAAAUCGCCCUAACGUUAGGGAAAGAGUUUCAACAAUUUUUAUUAAAGACCUUGUUUCUAGUGUUAGAAAGAGCCGGAAGUUCUCACCCGAUUAUCCGAACUGCCGGUUGUUCAGCCCUUACAAACAUAAGUACAGCCUGUCAAUACUCGACUAUAACCAAUUUAAUCAAUAACAACAUCGAUUAUUUUUCAUUUCAUAUUGAGCGUAAAUUAAAUAAAGCGAAAGGUGAUAAAGGAGGGUUGGAAGUACUAGGAGUCGUGAUAAGAUACAGUACUCAAGAAGUUUUAAUUUCUACCUGUGAUGUUAUUCAAGAGUUGUUGUAUCACACUUAUGACAGUCAUCGGACAAAUUUAAAUUCGUAUUUACACGUUUUCAAAAUGUUCAUAAUGGGCUUACACCGGUGGCUAAAUAUUGAAUUAAUCGAAGAACCUUUCAAGACAAAGAAACAAAAACAGGAUGAAAUUGAAGAUUUUCAAAUUUCGAAUUUGGAAGCACCUAUUGAGGAUUUUUCCGACGAAAUGAUGAAUAAAACAGCGGAAGAAAUGUACAAGGAAGACAUGGAGAAAAGCAAGAAGGAGUUGGAGGAUGAAAUAAAUGAUCAACCAGAGGAGUAUAAAAAACCCGAACCACCGCUUCACAUCAAACUAACAAGAUCGCUUUUGACUCGAUGUUUACAUUUUCUUCCGUCUAAAAACCAACCUCGCCAAUUACUUGUUUUGGAUAUUUUAAAGAAUGGUGUAAUUGUAUUGAAAGACUGGGAAGACGAGUUGUUACCAAUCGUGCACCAGAUUUGGGGGCCUUUAGUCGAUAGAUUUAAGGAUUUUAAUGAACCAUUAAUCAUCAAUUAUAGUUUCCAACUGCUUGUCGUUCUUGCGAAAUUAUCAAAAGAAUUUAUUCGAUCACGCACGGCAAAGGAAGUUUUACCAAAUAUUUUGGCAAUCCUUGAUAAACUUUCAACGGAGAGUUAUUUAAAAGAUAAGGGGUCGGCCUAUCGUUAUAGUCAAAACUAUAAAUUACAAGUGACGAUUUUGGAGAAUUUGGCUCAAAUUGUGACGUGUUUGGACAUGUCGCAGCAGGACAUUGAGAAAGCCUUUGAUGUUGUCGUUAAAUAUGUCAGUGAAAAGCAACUAAUUCCUCUACAGAAUUCUGCAUUAUUCUUCUUCAAAACUAUAAUAAUGUACGACCCGACAUCAAUCAGAGAAAAUGUGAAAUCGUUGAACGUUUCCCCCGAAUAUGAAAGAAAUGUUACUCAACUUUUGAGUUUUUUUGAGGAUUUGAAUGAAUAAAUAAAACGUUUACAAAUG